AUGGAGAAAAUAGUUAAUGAAAGUAAGAAACAUUGGAAUACUGAAAUGAUCGGAAGAAAACAAAAACUCGGAAAAGUGAACAUCAGACAUGGAAUAUUCCAAGGUGAUAGCUUAUCUCCAUUACUAUUCGUAUUGGUCAUGACACCGCUCACUUUGAUACUACGAAAAGUUAAAAUUGCUUACGAUUUGGGAAAAGGAAGUGGUCAGAUAAAUCAUCUCCUUUUCAUGGAUGAUGUAAAGAUUUAUGCGAAAAAUGAGAAACAGCUUGAAAGUCUUUAUGAUUCAGUGGUUGAAACUCGGAGACCAGACAUUGCUGUAGUUGAUAAAAUGAUGAAGGAAACCAAGAUCAUAGAUAUUGUCAUACCUAGAGCCGAUGACAAAGAACUAGAAAAGAUUGAAAAGUACAAGCCACUAAAAGAUGAGGCUGCACGAAUGUGGGCAGUGAAGAAAGUAACUGUCAUCUGA